GCUGUGCCACCCACUCAGCAGUGUUGGCGGGCAGCGUUCAUGUCCCGCUUUGGCGUCGUCCGCCUCGAUUGCGAAUGCUUGCUCCUAUCACAUCGACAUCCGGCGCGACAACAACCUGCGACUCCGUGCCGAGCCGAAUUCGACAGCCUGCCAUCCUGAUCCCUAGCCGACUCCUCGUUUGCGCUCUCUGGUAGCGCCCGACAACCCGCACCAACAUGUCGGCCCAAAACUCGGCGGGCAUCCAGACCCUGCUCGACGCCGAGAGGGAGGCGUCCAAGAUUGUCCAGAAGGCCAGAGAAUACCGCACAAAGAGAGUGAGAGAAGCGCGCGACGAGGCCAAGAAGGAGAUCGAGGCGUACCGCGCGAACAAGGAGGCCGAGUACAGGAAGUUCGAGGCCGAGCACACACAAGGCAACAAGCAGGCCGAGGAGGCGGCCAACCGCGAAGCCGAUGCCAAGAUCAGGGAGAUUCAGGAGGCUGGAAAGAGGGGCCAGGAGAAGGUGAUCAACGAUUUGCUCGCCGCCGUGUUUGACGUCCACCCAGCGCCGGUGUCAUAAGCCGUGGCGGCUACUGGGCGGAUGAGUGAGGGCAAGGAGCUCGGUGCCAGAAAGCGAAUAUACCGCGGGAAGGAGGAGAAUCCGGCAUAUACUACGC